GUUGCGUAUCGCUGACGUCAUCGCGUCGGCGCGUCCGCCCCGCGGAAGUAGGCGCGGGUCCGGGCUGGUGGGGGGUCCGGCCCCCAUCGGCCGCCGGGGGACCUGGCGCCGGCCCCACCGCCAUGGAGUUCCCGGACCUGGGCGCGCACUGCUCCGAGCCGACCUGCAAGCGCCUGGACUUUCUCCCUCUGAAGUGUGACGCGUGUGAGCAGAUAUUCUGCACCGACCACAUCACCUACACCCAGCACCAGUGCACCUCUGCCUACAAGAAGGACGUGCAGGUCCCCGUGUGCCCCCUCUGCAGCAUCCCCAUCCCUGUCCAAAAGGGGCAGAUGCCUGAUGUGGUGGUGGGGCAGCACAUCGACCGAGACUGCAAAUCCGACCCCGCCCAGCGCAAGCGCAAGAUUUUCACCAAUAAGUGUCUGAAGCCCGGCUGCAAGCAGAGGGAGAUGAUGAAGGUGAUCUGCGACCAGUGCCACGGGAACUUCUGCCUCAAGCACCGGCACCCCCUGGAUCACGACUGCAAUGGGGCGGGGCGCCCCCUCUCCAGAGCCGGACACGCUGCGGUCGCAAGAGCCCAAGCAUCCUCCUCUGUGGCAGCCGGGACAUCGAGCAGAGGAGCUUCCAGACCAGCAACCAGGCCGGCAGCCGGCCCCCCUGCUCCAGCCCCAAGCAGAGGCGGCGUGAUGGCGGCACCGCAGCCCAGCAGCACCUCGCCCCCAGCCGUUGCGCUGCAGAAUGGACUGAGCGAAGAGGAGGCGCUGCAGCGAGCCCUGGAGAUGUCCCUGGCAGAAUCGGCGCCUGGCUCGGCACGGGCGCUCAGCAGCGCGCAGGAGGAGGAGGACCUGGCCUUGGCGCGGGCGCUAGCCGCGAGCGAGGAGGAGUACCAGAGGCGGCAGCAGCAGCAGGCCCAGAGCCGAAGUUCGAGGCCAUCAGACUGCAGCAUGUUCUAGGCUGGGAGCACCACAAUGCCUAGGGCCUGUCUGCAGUGCCGCCGGGUACCAUCGCCCAGCUCUGCCAGGCCCUGCAGAGGGCCAGCGGGGGCUUCUCCUGCCUCUUCCACAGCUGGAAACAACUGCCCAAAGGCUGGCUGCUCCUGCUCCCUGUACAGUAGACCGGAGCUGAACAGCGAGCUCCCACCGUCGCUUUGAGCUGCACGGGGCCACCCCAUUCUCCCAGCCCAGAGCCGGCUGCAGCCACGUGGGAGGUGCGACCUGCAGCCGCCAGCAGGCCGGCCUUAGCAGUGGCAGCAGCCUUGGGAUCGAGGGUGGGCGUUGUGCCUCGGUUCCUCACCCGCCUGGCACAGUGCCGCGAGUGGGGUGAACUGAGGGGGCACCUCUGGCCUGGAGGUGGAGUGUUCCAGCCGGGGUGUCCUGACCCCAAUACCUUCGCUCUGACCCAGGCUGGCUGCAUGCUGGGUCAUGUCCACCCCCUGCCCCACACACUACACAGGGGCGAGGGCUCGCUCCCUGGGUGCCCAGUGGGGUAGGGGGGUUGUAGCCUCACUCAAUGGCUGGGUAACACUCAUUUCCCCCCAUGGAGACAGCCCUGUCCACAUCAGGUGCCGCGCUGUCCACACUAUGUAGCAGAGCCCCCUGCCCCACAAGGCCUGGCACCUGCCCGGCUGUGCCACAAUCCCCGGGGAGUGGCUCCCCGCUGUCCUCCAGGCAGGGCUCAGCUGAGGGCCAGGCCAGCCUUUCUCAGCCCCUCCCCUGAACUCGGGUGCUGGAUGUGGGGCAGGAAGCGGGAAAAGCAGCUGCCCUGUUUCCCAUGGGAGCACAGCCCCUCCACACAGUGAUCACUGCCUGCUCCACUGCCUCUGCCAAGAGCCCCCCGCCCCCCAAGCCAGCACAGCCCUUGCCCUAAGGCAUCACUGACCGCCCCGGGGAGCCCUGCUGGAGCGUCUCCCGUGGCUACAGGGACCAGGCCCCGGGAGUCUUCCCCAGAGCAGCCCCUUCUAGUCCUGCUGAAUUCAGGGCUAGGGGCCGGCCUGGUGUGAGGCUGGGGCCCUGCCAGCAGGCUGCUGGGUGGGGGUGGGGGGGCUCUCCCCAGCCGGGGCCUUUCGCCGGCAGCCGCUGCCUGAGGCGCUCAGUGCAGACGCUUGGACACGCUGGGAGCUGCUUCCCCUCCAGCUCUGGGUGCUGCGGGGUCUUGUGUAGUGGGUAACGGCUGCACCUUCUGCAGCCGGGCAGGUAGCGGGCACGGGCCUGUGGGCACCAUCUCCCUGUGCCCUGAGUGUGUGCCUGGGCCGGCUGUGUGUCUGGGGGGGGGGUGGCGAAAGGGAACUCUCUGCAGGGCUCCAGCUGUCUGGCUACUAAGUGCUGCCUUGAGGGAAAUAAAGUCCUACCCCAAA